AUGGCCUUCUUCUCCAAACUGCUGGUGGAGCUCCUCGGCAACAAGAUCCUUCCUUCACCUCCGGACCUCGACCGUGCUCAUAGAGCCCUAACAGCCAAACCAGCUCCCAGGUCUAGGCCAAGAGCGGUAAUCAUAGGUAUCCAGCAUUACAAGACAAAGGAGGCGAUUGUCCAGGAGGCUCGGAGAAGGAGAGUGAAGCUGGGUCCUGCACUGACACUGAUGAGGACACGGACGGAGCACAGGACGAGAGAAAUGGAGGAAAGGGGGCGACACCUAACUCUGAAAGACGAGAGUGAAACAGCGGCUCCGGCGCCACGUAUCGACCUGUACAGACCAGCCCCUAACCAGCGCCAGGAUCACAUCUGCCUCCUGCUGCUGCCUAAGUUUCUGCAUGGUCAACAAGAACAACCUCUCCUUGUUGCUGGCAGUCUGGACGGCUGCCACCGCCGGAGUCACCUGGACCCGUUCCUCCUGCCGCUGGCAGCAGUGGCACUCCAAUGCCGCACUGGGGCUCUGAGCCUGCUGAACGGUGGCUGCUCAGUGAUUGGCUCGCCGGUCCCUGAUCCCGCUCCUCGCCCAGCCGGACCGGAGUGCCAAAGUCUUCAUGCUGAGGGUGAUGGUUGCCUCGUUAACACAGGCUCCCCAGCGGGUCAGCAGGUCCAGGAGUCUCCUCGCAAGGGUCAAGCAGCCCAAAUCGAAGUUAUACCAUGCAAAAUCUGCGGCGACAAAUCAUCGGGUAUCCACUAUGGAGUCAUCACGUGUGAGGGGUGUAAGGGUUUCUUCAGACGGAGUCAGCAGAAUAAUGCGUCCUACUCCUGCCCCCGCCAGAGGAACUGCCUCAUUGACAGAACCAACCGCAACCGCUGCCAACACUGCCGCCUGCAGAAAUGUCUCGCGCUUGGAAUGUCCAGAGAUGCGGUAAAGUUUGGUCGCAUGUCCAAGAAACAACGGGACAGCCUGUAUGCAGAGGUUCAGAAGCACCAGGCACGCCUUCAGGAGCAGCGGCAGCAGCAGACGGGUGAGGCAGAAGCCCUGGCCCGUGUUUACUCCUCCAGUCUCACCAAUGGACUCUCCACGCUCAAUCAUGAAAUUGGAGGAACCUACGCCAACGGGCACGUCAUUGAGCUGCCCAAGGGAGGCCACGGAAACGGAGGGGUACCAGGGGGCUACUAUGGCAUGGACUCUACCCAGCCGUCUCCAGACCAGUCGGGUUUGGACAUGUCAGGCAUAAAGCACAUUAAACAGGAGCCAGUGUAUGACUUGACGCCAGUCCCCAACCUGUUCAGCUAUGGAGGCUACCAGGACAGCCAACUGGGGCCCAAUAAUGUCAGCAUGGGAGAGCUAGAUCGUAUCGCCCAGAACAUCAUCAAGUCCCACUUGGAGACGUGUCAGUACACAGCAGAGGAGCUGCAGCAGCUUGCCUGGCAGACACACUCCUAUGAGGAUGUCAAAAUGUACCAGAGCAAGACACGGGACAUGCUGUGGCAGCAGUGUGCCAUCCAGAUUACACAUGCUAUCCAGUAUGUGGUGGAGUUCGCCAAGCGCAUCUCAGGGUUCAUGGAACUGUGCCAGAAUGACCAGAUCCUCCUGCUCAAGUCAGGGUGUCUGGAGGUGGUCUUGGUGAGGAUGUGCCGGGCGUUUAACCCUCUAAACAACACUGUGCUUUUUGAGGGGAAGUACGGAGGCAUGCAGAUGUUCAAAGCACUUGGCUGUGAUGAGCUAGUGAGCGCGGUGUUCGACUUUGCCAAGAGCCUGUGUUCGCUGCAGCUCACGGAGGAGGAGAUCGCUCUGUUUUCGGCGGCAGUACUGAUCUCCACAGACCGGCCGUGGUUGAUGGAACCCCGGAAGGUGCAGAAGCUCCAGGAAAAGAUCUACUUUGCCCUACAGCACAUCAUGCAAAAGAACCACAUGGACGAAGAUGCACUUGCUAAGCUUAUCAGUCGGAUCCCAACGUUGUCGGCCUUGUGUACACUCCACACAGAGGAGCUACAGGCCUUCCAGCAGCUCCACCCCGAAACGGUCAACGUUCUCUUCCCUCCGCUCUACAAAGAACUCUUCAACCCUGACCCCAACUCUGCCAUGGCCAUGCCCAAGUGA